GUUCUGAGUAUAUUUCGAAGACAAUCCGCAGUACGUGUAAAAAUGUGCCGCUGAGUGUGUGAGCGUUUGUCGCCCGAUGGAUGCGCACGAGAACGUGCGGAUCCUGCCCAAGUUUCAUGAAGGCCAGGAAGUGCUGUGUAGGGACAAUAACGCGUCUCUGUUGUACGAUGCUCGCGUGCUGCUCGUCAAGUACCGACGCGGCCGUUUUGAGUACUACAUCCACUACAAGUACUGGAAGAAGUCGUGGGACGCAUGGGUCACAGCGGACCGUUUGUUGGAACGAAGCAAGGAAAACUUGUCACAGCAGCGGUUCCUUUUCGGGAAGCAUCCAAGUCCGAAGGUGAAGUUGUUCUCGAAAAAAUGCCUGAACAAGUCGUCGAAGGACCCUGUCAAUGACAGUUCGGACGAGAAAACCUCGCAGUCAUCGUCGUCGGCCGACGAGGCUGGGACGGAACAGACGGCGCGAGACGAGUUCGAGGAAACUGUGGCAGAAGGCGAAUGUCCAGCGAGAUCCAUGUCUGCGUCGCCGGCCAAGGACGCCGGCGACUGUCGUCGUACUCCGCACAUAUCAGUGUUGCAGCUCAAGUCCUUCGACCCCGGAGACAGCGGCGCGGAGAAUCAGCGCGAACGAAGUCUAUCGCCGAGGAGCGACGCGAGUUUCAGCAGCUCCACAACAUCCCGCGAUGUUGUUGGCAAGCUUCGUCCAAGGUUGGACCGUAAGCUUCCGAUUCGACGGAGGAACCAGUUCCGACGGGCACCGUCCACCAGGUCGGAGACACCGGACGAUGCCCGGGUCGUGAAGGCGGAAGCGGGGGUGACGAGGGAGGAGCAGCCCGCGUCAAUGACGGCGGCUUGCGUUGAAGGCGCGUCAACGGGUUCCUUGACGACCUGCGAGUCGCCUGACCCGAUCCUGGUGGAGGUUCCUAGACCGAGUGCGCGUCGAGCCGUUGCCUUCCGUCCGUUGGACAUCCACACCAUUUCGCUGCUGCCACCGACAACGACGCCGGUGGCGGGUGGCGGCGGCUCGGACGCAGAGGAUGAGGAGGACGAAGACGAUGAUGACGGGCCCGCCUUGCCGGCAAACGAAUGCAAUUUCAUUGUUCCGGAUGCCCUGGUGGCCCUGGCCCCGGUCCACGUGAGACCGGAACUUAGUGGCGAACGGUCCAACAAGAUGAAGCGGAAGCGACGAGGCAGGAAACGCUUCCGGGUGCACGAUGCGGACGUCUCGGAUGACGAAUCCGAGCAGUACAUCAUGCUCGACGAGGAUGAGGAAGAGGACGAGUACUUGUGUCCCCUGGGGCUCAUCUUUCCCCGUAAGCUCAAAGAAGUGCUGUAUGACGACUGGGAAAAAGUUCGUCUUGAAGUAAUGUUACCUCUGGGUGAGCCAGCAGCGACCAUCGAAGAGAUCUUGAAUCAGUUCGAGCUCUCGAAACUCUCCACUUUGAAGAGAGGAACUCAGGAAUGGUUCGAGAUGCGAAGUUAUUUAGCUGUGAUCUUGGAGAUAAUCGACGGUAUUUAUGCGAUGCAGUUUUUGUAUCAAUUUGAGAGGCCAAUGCACACCCAGAAAACCAGGAGAAAAGCGACACUGAAACCAACAAACAUGUACGGCGGUGUUGGACUUUGCAGAGUCCUGAGCAAGAUUGGCCGCAUCGUGUGCUUCUCACAUCCAGAGUCGUCGGAAGCAAGAAAAAGCAUCGCGACUUUGUUGCAAGAAUUGAUUGAUUUCGUGGCUCAACGAACGGAUUUGUACUGUACAUUCCAAGAGUACUACUUUGCGCCCCCGGAUUACCUGCGAGCCUACCUGCCUCCUAGCGACGAUCGGGAUUUCAGGUUCCACGCGGGAGGAAGAAUCACUCAGGGCUACUGAACCACGCUUGAAUUCAUUGUUUUAUCCAUGUAUUUUUUUUCUCCUAUUUCCGAUCGUAUUUUCUACGAUGAAUGUUGGUUUGCAUCGAGAAACCGCAUUUCUACGUUCUUUUUUUUUUACAAUUUUAGUGACUUGAUUUUCUGUAUUUGGUUGAAAUGGGUGAUGAAAAAAAUGAUAUCUUUUCUACUCAAGUAUACA